CAACGUAGAUGCUAAUAUAAUCGUUGAAAAGUGGCGUUUGCACAAGGUGCAAUCUCCGAUCGAACUCAAACAUGAAGAAUCAAAUGAGUGCGACCACUUUGAACCUCUUGAGUUCCAUGGACAUUGGGAUGUCGCUGGAUCAGGCAACUUGUUCAAUAACGGUUUUACAGCAACAUUAACUUUUUACGAUCGAGAACUGCCCGUCUUAAAAGGAGGACCUUUGUUAAAUGAUAACUUCGUCUUUGAACAACUGCAUUUCCACUGGAGCGACGAUGACCACAGCGGUUGUGAACAUAUCUUCGAAGGACGAGCAUAUUCUAUGGAAGCUCAUGCUGUUCACUACAAUCAAAAGUACAAUUCUUUUAAGGAAGCCGUCGAUAAACAUGACGGACUCGCUGUGGUAGCGUUCUUUCUUCAAGCAACCGACGAUUCUAAGAAUGAAUUGUUUGAAAAGAUGUGCGAAGCCACGAAAAAAAUUGAUAAGGUCAACUCCAAAACCCAAAUUCCACCAGACUGUCUCUUAUGGUUCAAAGAACAAGCCAACUGUAAGGGUUACUACACAUACCAAGGCUCAUUGACUACCGCCCCAUUCUGCGAAAGUGUUACCUGGAUAAUCUACCCAACUCCCAUUGCUAUUUCCAGAGAACAA